UCCACUCACCUCAACGACGACAUUUGGAGCUAGCUCACAUCGCAUCGCAACAUCUUGGCUGUCUCGGUCAGUUUCAAGGAUUCAACCGGUCUCUCACCACCGAUCACCAACCAAGAACCCAUCGCAGCAGUCACUAUGGCCGCCAUCUACAACCCGAUGUACCAUGCGAACAACACGGGCUUCUACGCCGCUGCCGGCCAGCGCCAGCAACCCGUCUACUCGCCCAUCCAUAUCACAGGUGAGUGCUCCCAGGCCCCCGCCGACCGGCUAACCAGCGGCGGCUACGCCCCGGGAUACUACUACACCAGCCGCGGCAGCAACGGUGUGCCCCCACACCGCCGCUACAACCAGCACUUCCACAGCCGCUACGGCGGCUCGCGCUUCCCGAACCUCGCCCCCACCUUCCCUUCGCCCCCGCAGCACAUGCUGUCGCCGUCGCCGUCGCCGCAGGCCGCCGCCACCGCCGCCGCGCCUGCCCGACCCUCGGCACCGCCCGCCGCCUACUCCACGUCCCCGGCGGCUGGGCUCGGCAUGCCCUCCGGCUCGCAGCAGUCCGGCACCACCCCCGCCGCCGCCGCCGCCGCCGCCGCCACCACCACUAUCAAAGAAGACUCGGCCAAGGCCGACGUGGCGGCGGCGACGACGGCGGCCGCGGAGCCCGCAGUGCCCCACACCAUCCGCUCCUUCAUCCAGGACGCCAUGACCAAGGCCGGCGCCGUCGUCGCGCGGGCCGAGGAGCCCGGCGUCGCCGUCUUCAUCAACUCGCAGCCCGGGCGGGCGUCGCGCGUCAUCGAGAAGAUGGCGGCGCUCACCGGCGCCGCGGCGCGCGUGCCCGCGCUGCUCGCCGAGCUCGAGGCCGGCCGUCAGGAGAGCUACGAGCUCCUCUGGCCGGCCGUCGGGCGCGUCGUCGGGCUCGUCGCCGAGGCCGAGGCGGCGCUCGACGAGAUGGACGAGCUCGUCAGGGCCUGGCUGAGGCAGGAACUGCUGCUGCGGAGCCUCGACCGGAGCGGCAGCGGCACCGGCACUGGUGGCUACUACCCCGUCGAGCACAGGCAGACGGGGCGGUACGCGUUUGUGCGCGGCCGCAUCGACCGGACCCAGCGCGCGCUCGAUCCGCGCCAGUUCCCGAGCUGCUUGCUGUUCCGCCCCCAAUGAGGGAGAUCUGUUCGCUUUGAUAUCUCCUGGCAGAUUGGGAGGUGCGGCCUCUUUGUUUUGAUAUCUCCUGCCAUAUUACAGGCGCGGUUUUGCAUUAAAGGCGUUCUAGCAGGUACGUUAUCCCCAUAA